GCCGCGGGGUCCUCGGCUGGGCGGGGCUUGCGCGCAGUGGCUUGUGGGUGCGCGGCGCUGCCUCUCUCUUUCGCUCAGGCCCGCGCGCUGGCAGGAUGGGCAAGUGCCGUGGGCUCCGCACCGCCCGGAAGCUGCGCAGCCACCGGCGCGACCAGAAGUGGCACGACAAGCAGUACAAGAAGGCCCACCUGGGCACGGCGCUCAAGGCCAACCCCUUCGGAGGCGCCUCGCACGCCAAGGGCAUCGUGCUGGAGAAAGUAGGGGUCGAGGCCAAGCAGCCCAACUCCGCCAUCAGGAAGUGCGUCAGGGUCCAGCUGAUCAAGAAUGGCAAGAAGAUCACGGCCUUCGUCCCCAACGACGGGUGCCUGAACUUCAUCGAGGAAAACGAUGAAGUUCUGGUUGCUGGAUUUGGUCGGAAAGGCCAUGCUGUCGGUGACAUUCCCGGAGUCCGCUUUAAGGUUGUCAAAGUAGCCAAUGUGUCCCUUCUGGCCUUAUACAAAGGCAAGAAGGAAAGGCCAAGGUCAUAAACAUUGAUGGCAGAAAUGUAUUAAGAAUAAAUUUUCAUAUUCCAAAAA